AUGGCGUGGAGGGCCCUGGCAGCGUUGUCCCUGCUGCUGUGUUUCAGCUCAUCUUGCUGUGACGAUACUCAAGAUUAUUUCUUGUCUGAAACAGUCAUCAACAAUGUCGUUCUGGACCCUCAAACUGGACGAAUUUAUGUGGGUGCCGUUAAUAACAUCUAUCAGCUCAACUAUAAACUACAGCUGGAGAGCAGUGCUGUAACAGGCCCUAAGAAGGACAACCCACACUGCACUCCACCCAUCACUGCACAGUGCACUGAUGCAAAGGAUAUGGACAACAUCAACAAACUCCUGCUGGUUAACUCCGCCAACGGCAACUUGGUUGUUUGUGGAAGCCUUUUCAGGGGCAUCUGCUCUUUGUUAAACCUCAACAGCGUGGACAAACAGGUGUACUACAGUGACACUAAAAAGGAGAAGACAUACGUAGCCAGCACAGAGGAGUCUGUUACCGUUGUGGGAGUAAUUUCUUAUUUUAUAGAUGAUGAUACUAAUGCAAACCUCAGUGUAUUUCUUGUAGGGAAGGGCUAUGGUAGCUCAGACAGUGCGAAACUCAUUAGCACCCGAUUGCUGCAGGAGUAUGGAGAAAUGGAUGUCUUUGAGAACAUGGUUGAUGCUUCCACUGUGCAAGCUAGUCCUUUUGUCCAGCGUUACCUCCACGACUUUCGUCAUGCUUUCAGAGACAAUGGCUACAUCUACUUUUUGUUUUCACGCACUCUAGGCACCAGCGAUAGUAGGAAGAUCACAUUUAUAGCACGUCUGUGUGAGAAUGACCAUCAUUACUAUUCUUACACCGAGCUCCAGCUCAACUGCUCCGUCAAAACUGAACAACAGGAGAACACAUACAACAAGGUCCAAGCAGCAUAUCUGGCCAGACCAGGAGAAGUUUUGGCUAGGGAGAUCAUCCCUUCGAAUCUCAAUGAUAAAGUUCUGUUUGCUGUGUUCAGCGCGGAUGAGGAUGGUGGCAAUUCUGCCUUGUGCAUGUAUCCGCUCAGCAGCAUUAAUGCCAGGCUUAAGGAGGUGAUUGAGUCCUGCUACAUAGGAGAAGUUCUGGAGGACGAGAAACCAAAGACUGUUUAUUCACCCUACAUCUCCAAGCCUGAGGCCAUCUGCAAGACCAAAAGAGACAAGGAAAUGGUGAAGGGAUAUAAGUGUGGUGCAGAGUUCCUUCCAUCUCCACUAGCCAGUAAACCUGAGUACGCUCUGGCUGUCAAACCCAUCUACACCCGAAAUGACAUGCUGACAGCUGUAGCUGUGGCAGUGGAGAAUGAGCACACUGUGGCAUUUUUGGGAACCAGUGGAGCAGAUGUCUUAAAGGUAUCAUCAUGGUACAGGCCUCAUGUUGAGUAA